GUGCGAUUUGUGUAUAUAAUUUCGAAAAUCUGUAUUAAUCUUUGAAUAUUGCGGUGAUUUUUGAUAAUAAUCGACUGUAAUAGACGCAGUGUGCCCCUGUUAAUGUAUGUGUAAUAGUAUUUUGCUGAUAAUCUUGUGUUUUCUUGCAGUUACUUGUCAUCCUUUGGAACAACUUCAACAUGCCGCGUGAAAUCAAGGACAUUAAGGAUUUCCUCCUGAAGGCGAGAAGGAAAGACGCCAAAUCGGUGAAAAUAAAGAAGAACCCUGAGAAUGUGAAGUUCAAGGUGCGAUGCUCGCGCUUCCUCUACACGCUGGUCAUCACCGACAAGGAGAAGGCCGAGAAGCUGAAACAGAGCCUGCCCCCAGGUCUCCAGGUGAAGGAAGUGAAGUAAUGACUAAGUGUAGCCAAUAAAACAUAAAAAUCCA